UCGAUUAGUCGUCCGAUCUAGUUGGCCAAGCGUCACCGGAAACGCGAUCUUUUUCAGAGGUUCGCCAGAAUCCAACAUGGCGUCGUCGUCGACGACAAAAGUCAAGUUCAAUAAAACAUCGUGCUACUUCUGCAACGAGUGGUUCGAGAACGAUGAAAUCGAGGCUCACCUGGUUACAUGCGGUCAGAUAUUGACCAAAUGUCCCAACGAGUGUGGGGCUUACUACACCCAGAAAGAAAUGGACCGCCACCUGAACCGCUGUCCGGAGGGCUUCGGGGAGGAACCAAAACAGCUGCCAGACUCCGGAAAGGGGCCGUCUCCAGAUUCCGACCGUGUUCGCGAACUCGAGCAAGAAGUUGCAGCUUUGCGUGGAACCCUAAAUGAGGAAAUUCGCCAACGAUUCUCGCUAAUAAUUGACGUUGGUCAGCUCAAGAAACGCUCCUUGCUGGGCGACGAGUGGACCGCAAAGGUCGGUGACGUUUUGAACGCACUCAAAAAGUGCAUCAACGAAGAAACUGGCAGCCGCUGCGUCGACAUUGAACGGUGCAAAAUUGACAUUAACCGACUGUUGAAGCAGUAUCAGCAAAUCGAGUCCUGGCGUUCGGACCUCACCACCCGCUUUAACGAACUGACGGAGGAGGUGAAAAAGUUGCCGCAGCCGCCACCACCUCCACCACAGCAAACCACUCACUCACCACAGCACCAAGAAUCGGUCGCCGUGAGCAAGUCACGCGAAGCCAAACUGGUGAUGAUUGAGAGCCGGCUAAACCACCUGCAAUCGGAGCUGGAAAAUCUGGCCGUUGAAAGGCAGAGAGUGGUGCAACCGAACGGGCCAAUGCCCGGGGAGGAAUCGAGGGCUGCCAUCGAGGACAUCGAAAGCAAGCUGCAAACCGUUGAUGUGGUUCUGGAGGAUCACCACAAUUCGAUUCGCAUCUUCCAGGAGGAAACCAAACGCCAGGUGUUCGAGCUGCGCGGCGAAAUCGACCCGAUGCGAAUGGUCAUCCAGGAGCAGCUCGACAAACAAGCCAAGCUCGACUACGAGCUAAAGGGCGUCCUCAACACCGUCAACUCGUCCGAGGACACCAGCGAAAAGAUCCACAAGACGCUGGAAAAGUACCGCCGCGAAACGUACUACACCAAGCAGUGCCUGGACGACCUGCAGGUGCACCUGCAGCACCAGGAAAAGCUGUCCGCGCUCCAAAGCACCAACGGGCAUCUGAUUUGGCGCAUCGACCAGUUUGACAAGCGCUUUCGGGAGUCCCAAGAAAACGAACUCAUGAUCAAGAGUCCGCUGUUUUGCGAUAGGCCGUUUGGGUACACGCUGCGCCUCGAAGCAAGCCUGAAUGGGAUCGGCACGUGGCGCGGUCGGAAUCUGAUCGUGGGGCUCGUGGUCGUCAACGGGUACUACGACAAUCUGCUCGAAUGGCCGUGCGUGCUGACGGGGACGGUCAGCUUGCGGGAUCAGCCGGCGGACCGGAAGAAGGCGGUGGAUUUUUCCAAAACGGUGAUGGCUCGUCGGAAACAUCAGCACUACGAGAAGUACAUCCACAUUCCGCACCAGGUGGUGCUGCGGUCGGAGCAUUACGUUAAAGAUGAUGCGAUAUUUUUGGAAGUUCGGAUCGAUCAUUGAGAGUGCGGACG